AUGGCCCUCAAGUAUAAAAAAUCUCGCCAACCAGAAGGCCCCAGUUUACCUGAUAUCAGGCUUUCUUUCAAGAGGCUUGCGAUGGUAAUACCUCCUAAGAUGCCAUCUGAGGCUCAAAGAAAGACGAAAGCCUAAGAAGAGUCCAACGAGGGCGGUGAUUCCUUCAACUUACCCUGACACGUGGAGGUUUUUCAAGCAUUUGAAUCAAAUGAAGAUUCCCUUCCCUUCACAGAAAUUUCAAAUGGUUUCUGCUGAAUUUGAGAAAGAUCUGGAAGGCCGACCUCCAAGAGACCCAGAUUGGGAGUCAUCCACAAGAAACUCAAAGCAGUGGAGGCAAGAGAGACUGCAAGAGACAACCAGCCAAGUAGAGGGACUUACCCAGCAGAUCCAGAAGCUGAGUCAAGCAGUGGCUUCUCUGGAGUCCAAACACAGGCGUCGGAACAUCUGCCUGCGAGGUAUACCCAAGAGGGUUGGUGGAGAACAUAUACUGCCAUUUGCACAAAGGCUGAUUAACUCAUUGGGCUGACAUUUUGUGUACGCAAGGCAGCUGUAGCUUCAGCUGGGACUCCCAGAGUCACUAUAUUGGUGGUCAGAGAUGUUGCCGUGUGAUCCGCCAUCAUGACCCACUGCAGAAUCUUAGAGACUGUACAUUGUGAGGGAUGCUUGGUGGCACUGUACGGUGAUCUACCAAUUGCUGUCCUGCUGGGGAAGCAACAGUUGGUUCUGGUCGCCAAGCAACUGAGAACCAUUGAAUUAAGUACCACUGGGGAGUGAAAGGCUCUCUUAUAGUCCCGCAAGGAGACAUUUAUUUUGUCUUUUGAUGAAAACUCAGAGACUUUAAUGCAGAAACUAGGUAUGCCGGCUGUGCCACCGGUGAAGAUUGCGGCUCCAAAGGAAGGAAUACAAACACAGUAUCCACAGAGAUUCUGGGGAAUGUAUUCCACAACCCCUGGUUAACCAUUCUGCUGGCCGGCUGUAGUCGCAGAUUCAAGGAAAUAUAUAUGCUAUCACCCACACUACUACCUACACAGCCGUGUGGAUGUGGCUUCAAUUCAUUUUCACUGCCAAGUUGUAUUAUGGUUAUAUUAUACUGCAUUUUUUUAAAUUUGUUUUAACCCCUUAAGGACCAAACUUCAGGAAUACAAGGGAAUCAUGACAUGUCACACGUCAUGUGUCCUUAAGGGUUUAAACAGUCCUAUAUUCCUAUUCGUUAUCAGUUAUUUAAUUAAUUAUUGUUUUAAAGUGCUUGUCGCUUCAUACCUAUACUCAUCUUCUAACCUCUAUAUUUCUCCUACUAUUCCCCUAUAAUGAACCGGAUGUAUACUGUGUGUACAAACUCCAAUAAAAUAUAAAUUUAAAUAAAUAAAUGAAAUAAUCGAGCUGGUAAAAUCCACCAACUCAGCUAUUUUUACAGAUCGGUUACUUUGUCCUAAACUGUUCAAGUCCCUUGUCAGUUCUAACAAUUCCAUUUGUAGUAGAUGACCUCACUAUUGUACAUAGAAAGAAUUGGAAUAGUUGAAUCUCCAUUGUUGGAUCAGAGGGGGGGGAAAAGUAACACAUUUUACAGAUUUUUGUCAAUGAUGCCAACUUGGCACCAUAAUUCCAUCAAUCAAACCUUGUUUUUUUAAGGUUGAUAUCUCUUCGGACCAGACUGCCAGGUCUGUUAUAGGUUAAAAGAACACUUACACUUUGUAAGUGUGAUAAGCCAAAUCACCCUUAUUAAAUUAAGAUUUGGCUAAUUUCAAAAGAAAACUGAUCCACAGUCAAACAGAAGUGCAAAUUAUUUUGGAAUAGCCUUAUUUGCUUUUAGUGAUUAACCAAAUUGGUUAAAACAGCUAAAUUUGACUGCUGUUAGGUUGGCAUUUGUCAUUUAGUGAAUAGAUCCCUCUAACGAUACUCCAAUCUUAAAUUCUUCCCAUAUCUAACUCAUACAUUAGUGGUAUUUUUUCCCCUGCAGCAUAUUAAUUCAGUAAGAAUUGAGCUGUGAUGCAGUUCAGCUAUUUUCAAAUAAACCUCACUGUCACAAUGAGGGCCAUUUGUAAAUUAGCCGGGAUCCAUUUGUCUCAAUUCGCUCACCAUUUGGUUCUUAGUGAAUACAGUGAACCCUUUAAAGUAAAUUUAACAACCGUACGUAAGGCAACUGAGCCGAAUGCAAUUGCAAAACUGCUUUUAGUGGUUAGUGAAUAGGCACCUCUUCCUGAAAUCUAUUCACAGCUCGGAUAUUAUUUAUAUUCAGUUUAAUAGACCCCACUCCCUUAUUCCCCAAUGGCUAGAUCCAGAUUCACUCCAUGGAUACUGUAAUGGGAUUCCCAUAGCUAGGAGCUGGCCCUGCUUUGUGUUGUCCCUUUAAUUCCCCAUUAUAUUGAUGACUUUAUUCCCUAAUGUGGUUUGUUCUGUGUGUAGCUAUGUAAUUAAUCAAUCACUGGCCCAUUGUGUUCCCAUAGUGCACAAUGCAGAGCAUGCCAUGUAAAUGGAACACAGCCACAGCCUCUCAGCUCCACUUCCUGCUAUGGAAGAUAUGGAAUAAAGGAGAAGCCAUUUUCAAUAAAGUUUUAUUAUAAGGUGUUGAAAAAAAAUCCGCGCAUGCGCCCUUAGCAAGCCCUGCCCCACCCACUUCCGCUCUUGCCCUCAGUGAAGCCCGAUGACGCUCUGCGCAUGUCACCUUUCUGCGUUCUCCAGCGGCCGCGGCAGACUGGCACUGUGUGUAUCUGUGUGUCUGCGCAUGCGCACAGAUAGCCCCUUAGCUGCUUCCGGUUUAGCUCCCGCCCUGUCCGCCAUCUUGGAUGGUGGGAGAGAAAAAAAAAGGGAGGGGGAGUAGAAGGAGAGAGGGAGCUGUAUAGAGAGGACGGGAGGGGGGUGUACUGCUCCCAUUAGACUUCCUACAGAGCGGGCACGCUUACCCAUCUAUUUAUACAGCUGGGCAUUCACAGCAUAGAGAGGGGGCAGCAGGCUGGGCAUUGGCAGCAUAGAAAGGGGGCAGCAGGCUGGGCACUGGGGUAUAGAGAGGGGGCAACAGGCUGGGCAUUGGCAGCAUAGAAAGGGGGCAGCAGGCUGGGCAUUGGCAGCAUAGAGAGGGGACAGCAGGCUGGGCAUUGGCAGCAUAGAAAGGGGGCAGCAGGCUGGGCAUUGGCAGCAUAGAGAGGGGACAGCAGGCUGGGCAUUGGCAGCAUAGAGAGGGGGCAGCAGGCUGGGCAUUGGCAGCAUAGAGAGGGGCAGCAGGCUGGGCAUUGGCAGCAUAGAGAGGGGGCAGCAGGCUGGGGGCAGCAGCAUAGAGAGGGGCAGGGCAGCAGGCUGGGCAUUGGCAGCAUUGAGAGGGGGCAGCAGGCUGGGCAUUGGCAGCAUUGAGAGGGGGCAGCAGGCUGGGCAUUGGCAGCAUUGAGAGGGGGCAGCAGGCUGGGCAUUGGCAGCAUAGAGGGGGCAGCAGGCUGGGCAUCGGCAGCAUUGAGAAGGGGCAGCGGGCUGGGCAUUGGCAGCAUAGAGAGGGGGCAGCGGGCUGGGCAUUGGCAGCAUUGAGAGGGGGCAGCGGGCUGGGCAUUGGCAGCAUUGAGAGGGGGCAGCAAACUGGGCACUGGCAGCAUUGAGAGGGGGCAGCAGGCUGGGCACUGGGGUAUAGAGAGCUAGAAUGUAAAGAUUGAAUCAGGGCUCCAUAGACAUACACACCCAAAUAUACACUAUAUUAAUAUAUAGAUAUAUAGACUGAUACAGGGCUGGGGUAAUAGGCUCUAUAGAGAUACACACACACACACACACCCAUAUACACACUAUAUUAAUAUAUAGAUAUAUUGACUGAUACAGGGCUGGGCAUUGACAGGAGAGGGGGCAGCAGGCUGGGCACUGUGUUAUUGAGAGCUAGAAUGUAAAGAUUUAAUCAGGGCUGGGAUAAUAGGCUCCACAGACAUACACACACCCAAAUAUACAUACCAUAUUAAUAUAUAGACAGAUACAGGACAGGGCACACUCCCUGUUAAUGGGGUAUAGAGCAGAUCUCCAGGUGAUUAUAGAAAUCAGGCUAGGUGUACAGGGAGAGGAUAUUUCAUUCCAUGCAUGAUGGUCUAUUCAUUGCAAUCUGCAUGGAGAGCCAGGGCUAAUGUCACUCAGCAUUUCCUCUGAGCGAGAGGCAGAUGUGAAGAGAAGGCUCUGAUUAUACCCUGACAGCCGAGAGACCGCAGUAGACACAAAGAGACAGAUACGCUCAGAAAGGAUCCUGGGAGAGACGGCGACAGGGAGACACAAAGAAACGCUGCUACAUGAAUAGAGACUGCCCGAGAGAGCCAAAGUUGCCUGUCGUGGCAGCUGAGAGGUGAGGGCGGAAAGGCUGCCACACUUGCCUAUGUCCAAAGAGACAGCCAAAGUUAGAGGGACAGGGGGACUAUCAGCCCGAAGAGCCAGCAUGGGAGGCUGCGGGCAGAAAUUUCUCCUCCUCGCCCAUUGAGUGCCGCAAGACCGGCGAGGAGAGAUACCCAGUGGCACGGGGAAACAUUCAGGUAAGCUAAGUGAAUGUCAGCUCUGUGUGCCUUUCCAAUGAGACCGUCAUGGUUCGAAUUGGUCCUAUUAAGAAUGGUAAGGUCCAAAGGCAAAAAAUUCCAUUGGGUUGCAGUAUCUGGGCUGCUUGGGUUCUACAAUUAAAUAAUGUGAUGGAAAUCUGCCUGUGUUUAUGAUUUGGAGUGUCCUGGCCCAUUGCUUCUUCACAUUAUUUAAACACUGCCCAUAUGGGCUGGCCCACAGCAGUGGGGUCUCAUAUUGGAAACAUCCUAUAGGGUUUUUAUUUGAGAACGAAAAUUAUUUCAAUAUUGUAAGGCCCUUUGGUGAGUGUGGGGCCUCACGGACAGACCGGUUCCUGUACUCUGUAGCCCCUUGGUUGGACUGACUCACAUUCUGUUGGGCCAUUUGGUUGGACGUACUGCCUCCCACUGGAGACCCUUGGUCAUACUUGUUUCCACCGAAUAGGGCCUCUUGAUUGGACUAGACUUGUGUAAGUGGACAUGGGCCUGCCCGUUGUAUCCCUUUGUGGUUGAAAUUUUGCCUGUUGAAAGGGGACAUUGGUUGGAUUGGCACCGUGCAUGGUGCCUCUCAGCUAUAAUUUGGAGUUUAUUUCAGAAUAUAGCGAGCAGCUGUCUUAGUCAAUAUUGGCAUGCAUAAGUCUCAGGUGAAGCAUGUAAACACUGGCAUGUCUGCAGCAGUGUUAGGGUUGUGGAAUUGAGGCAUUACGGUCUAGUGGCUACAAAUACUCGACGGGGUUUAGGUUGAAGAACUGCUUUAGCAAGGUCUUAGUCAGAUUCUUUCUAGCUUGAAGAAAUCAUAUGUUUGUGAAUUAUUGAAUCUUAAAAUAGCAGAGGUAUUUACUUUGCUAAAGGAACCUGGCAGCAGCUUACAUUGGGUUAAGUAAUUGCAUGAACAUAUGCUGGGUAAGGUCAGUUGAGAUGAAUGGGAUUACGUUGGAGGCGUCAGUACCCAAGGAGUGCUAAGAUUAGGUACUGUGGUUCCUGACAGUUUGCGUGGGUUUAAGGUGCUUGCAUUGAUGAUGUACUUGGGGGUUCAAAACAUGGUUUUGUAUGAGAGGUGGGUAUACUGCCUUGUUUGUGCUGUCCAGCCAAUGCUGUGUACAUGGACUCCUGGUGAUGGAGAAGACUGAAUGAUACAACAGAUAUAAUUCUGCUGACAGAGCUAUGAUUGGCAGAAUGGUAUUGUAGGGUUUGACAGAUUCAUAGAAAUGUUAUUUAUGGAGCACGUAUAUUUAGCACCUAAUAGAAAUAAAAAUAUAUAUAAUUAUUUAUUUUUGUUCUAAAUUAAAGGAGCUUCCAUCACAUCCUCUAUAAGAUAGCCAAGUGCUAGCAUUUUUUUUUUCUUUUUCCUUUCCUUCCUUGAACAAUAGCUUCUGGGGAAAUUGAAGAAAUCUCGCAUGUUUCUGGCUUUUUAUGUGCAUCCGGAUUUCAGAUACGAGGGAUUGUCUAGGUUUCUCAUGAUUGUCUGCAUUGUAGGUGAUACCGAGGAUAUUUGGCUUGGUGUUCCUUUGCAGUUGAGGUUUUUAGUUUAAACUGGGAUCCACCAGGGUCAAAGUGCGUAGUUUGGGGGCAAUAGCCUAUUGACUAUCAUGAUCAGCAUUUGCUUGGGCUCUCCAUUUCCAUAGGCAUAGUCAACGUUCUUGGAAGUCCAUGAAAGGCAAGAACGUAUCUUAAUGGAAAGUGGUAGAGGACAGUUUUGGUGGAACAGUGCUUCCUUGUUAAACCAAUAGUAAUAUGGUACGAGUUCUGUCUGGGUUAUCAUCGGUAUAUCAUCUGGCUUGUGCUGGGUUAAUGUUCAGAGGCGAGUGAUUUUUAGCAGUUCAAUAUAAGGAAUUGUGGAACAAUUUUAUUUAUUGCAAAUGAUCUGUGGUUCAGCAAAGGUGUCAGGAAUUUAAUAUUGUAAUAUUUUGCCAAUGCUUAGAUUGCACCUGUCCGUGUAUUGCAGGCCUUAGACAGCAGGGAGUCCAGCAGGGAUGCUCUGCAGAUUGGCAGUGAGGGGCAAUGCUCUGUGUAGGCCUGGUGUUAUAGUACAGGCACAUAUUGUAUGCUACUGAAAGAAAGCAUUUAUGCAAAGUGGCAAUAAUGGUGCAGUGAUCUUGAUGUUUUGGUUAAGAUUAAAUUGGCUAACGCUUAUUAUAUUAACAGAUGUAAAAUAUUAAAUUGCAUACCUAGCCCCAUUAAACACCUCAAUUUCUUCAGUGUUAAACUUGAUGUUCUCCUCGUACAGUCUCUGCCUGUCAGACUGGGUUGUUGACAGUACACUUUGUAUUUUUUCCCCUAAUAUCGCUUUUCUUGAUCCCUGCUCUUCAUGGUUUGCACAACACAGCGUCUAAGACUUGUAUGCUAUUUGUUGGGCAUUCUGUGUGAGUUUAGACAGCAGACUGCCCUGUGGCUAAUCUAGUACUCUGAAUUAUACUGUGUUUUAAAGGGUUACUCCAGUCACCAUGACCACUUCUCUGAUUUUAACCGGUGAUGGUGCCUUGGGUCUUUUUGUGCAGCGUUUCGAUAUGAGAUGCUGCACAUACUGAGUUGUAACCCUGUAUGGAAUCCAUGGUUAUAGAGGUAGUGUGUAGAAGGUGGGUUAGAGAUGGUGUCUGUAAGCAGUUCAUGAUUAUAGCUGUAGGUGUAAAAGGUUGGUUAGAUAUGGUGUCUGUAUUUUUUAUAGAGGUAGUGUCGUAGGUUGACUAGAGAAGGUGUCUGGAUGCAGUGUGUAGAAUAAUUGUUAGAGAUGGUGUCUGUUUGGACUCCAUGGUUAUAGAUGCAGUGUGUCGAAGGUUGGUUUGAGGAAGUGUCUGUGUGGAGUCCAUGGUUAUAGAUGCAGUGUGUCGAAGGUUGGUUAGAGGAAGUGUCUGUGUGGAGUCCAUGGUUAUAGAUGCAGUGUGUUGAAGGUUGGUUAGAGGAAGUGUCUGUGUGGAGUCCAUGGUUAUAGAUGCAGUGCGUCGAAGGUUGGUUAGAGGAAGUGUCUGUGUGGAGUCCAUGGUUAUAGAUGCAGUGUGUCGAAGGUUGGUUAGAGGAAGUGUCUGUGUGGAGUCCAUGGUUAUAGAUGCAGUGUGUAGAAAGCUGAUUCUCAGUUGUGUCUGUACAGAGUCAGUGGUUAUGAGAGCUUUGCUCUUUCAGAAGGUGAGGACUAGUUUGUUGGAGGCAGCGUCUGUAUAGAGUUCAUGAUUAAAGGACCACUAUAGGCACCCAGACCACUUCAGCUUAAUGAAGUGGUCUGGGUGCCAGGUCCAGCUAGGAUUAACCCUUUCUUCCAUAAACAUUCUGAGAAACUGCUAUGUUUAUAAUAGGGUUAAUCCAGCCUCUAGUGGCUGUCCCAUUGACAGCCGCUAGAGGCGCUUCUCACUGUGAUUUUCAGUGAGAAGACGCUGCUGUCCAUAGGAAAGCUGCGCAUUCGGCCGAUGACGAGGAGGAGAGUCCCCCGCCCGGCGCUAGGAAAAGAGGUAAAUUUAACCCCUUCCACCACCUAGAGCCUGGCGGGAGGGGGGCCCUGAAAGGAGGGGACCUAGAGACCCUAUAGAGCCUGGUAAACGAGUAUGUUUGUUUUCCUGGCACUAUAGUGGUCCUUUUUUUUUUUUUCAAUGUCUUAAUUUUUUUAUUAUUUUGUGCGGUGACGCACUGACAACAAGUAAAGGGGAUACAGAAAGGAAAAAGGGGAAGGGGUAACAUGUGUUGACACAAUCAUCUGUUCCAUUACAAUACUGUAGCGUGACUAACAUCAUGCGGAGGCUAAUAAAGCAGACAGCUUUUACACUCUAAUAUGAGGUUACCAAUUAGAUCUAGGAUCAAUCAAUUUCGGUGGAGGCUAACGGAAGCAUCGGGGAAGAACCUUGGGAGAUUCACCUGCCUGACCUGGGUAGCUCGCGGAGCGGAUGAGCUCUCCUCCUCCCCCAACAUCUAAAGGCCCUCAUCCUGGAAUGCUGUGUGCCUGUCUGCUUGGGUGUUGGGUUGUCUGUCAAUGCUCUCAUCUGGAGUAUUUGUGUCGCUAAACGAAAUGGCCCUCCCUCUACUCCCUAUCCCUCUAUUUGCCGGAAUGUGUUGACACCAACUGACCCAUAAUUUUGUGUGUUUGUCCACUUUGGAUAGCAUCCGGAAUGCAAGGCGCUCAUGUUCGUAAGUCGUGUGGACUCUCUGUUUUACUUCUUGGAUGUUGGGAGGAUCUUGGCUUUUCCAUCUGCUAGCUAUACUAGUCUUGGCGGCUAGCAGUAUGUGAUAGAUAACCACCUUGUGUGGCGAGACCAGUGUACCUGCAUGAAUGUGUAAAAGGCAGCAUUCUGGGCGUAGCGGGAUGGAGUUCCCUGAAACCUCUUGUAUUAAGUUACUGACCUGUUGCCAGAAUUGAGUUAGUAUCGUGCACUCCCAAAAGACAUGGAGUAAGGUGCCCACCUCGACACCACACAUCCAACAAUGUCGUGGAACAGUAGGAUAUAUCUGGGCCAGGCGUGAUGGGACAAGAUACCAUCUCAUCAGUAAUUUACUAAAGCUCUCCCAAUGAGACAGGCUGUGCGAUGAUGCACGCGUAUUUUGGAUUACUUGUAGCCACAUGGGUAGAGGGAAUGUAUUGUUUAGGUCACGCUCCCAUUUUAACAUAUAGUCAUGUUUCAUGGUCCUAUCUACAUCAUUGAUUGCGGAAUAGCUCAGAGAGAGCGGUUUACAUAUGGAUUGAGGGUUAAUGCACCGUCGACCGAAUGUGGUGAGAUGUUCUGGUUCGCUGUGGUGUAUUUUUAAUGAAGAUAGGGCGUGUUUGAUACGCAUGUAAGUGAAUAGCUCCCUAGAAGGUAAUGCAUAUUCGGCUUGUAGAUCAGGGAAUUGUUUCAAGCCCUGUGUUGUGAAGAGACUCUACUGUAGUAAUUCCCUUUUGUGAUCCAUGUUUUCAGUGAGAUGUCACUGAUUAGGUCUUGUAGGCGGGAUAGGGGGGCAAAGAAAAUAGGGUGUGCUUGACCCAUGAGGUCCCCCGCCCAUCUCCUCCAACUGGCUAUCAGAAAGUUGGUAGUAUACAAGCUUUGUGGGGGGAGAUUAGUGGGUGCACUAAGCGACCAUAGUUUUUGGGCUAACGAGGCCAGGUGUAGGCACGCAUUCUCCAAGGGCAACCACACCGGUGUGUUGGCCCUUGGCAAGGUCUCCACACCCUGGGCGAGCACUGAAGCCUUGUAAUACCCUUUUAUAUCAGGGAUCCCUAUGCCUCCUUUAUUUGGAGACAGCCAUGUGAGUCUACGGGCACUAUAGUGGUCCUUUAAUAGACUCCAUUGGGGGAGGGGGGGGAUUCCAAGUCUAGUCCUUAAAGUUCUGUUGUUUUGGUCUAGAAUUUGAAAUUCUCUUUUUAAAGGGUUACUCCAACCAUAAUGGCAAUUCAAGCAGUAUUCAGAGUAUCAGUUAUUGUGUGCUUGGGGCUAAUGGCCAUUCCUGCAGUAUUCAGAGUAUUGGUAGUUGUGUGCUUGGGGCUAAUGGCCUAUUCAGCAGUAUUCAGAGUAUGGGUAAUUGAAUACUGCUGGAAUGGCCAUUAGCCCCAAGCACACAGAGUAUGGGUAAUUGUGUGCUUGAAGCUAAUGGCUAUUCCAGCAGUAUUCAAAGUAUCGGUAGUUGUGUGCUUGGGGCUAAUGGCCUAUUCAGCAGUAUUCAGAGUAUGGGUAAUUGUGUAUAGAGGGGGGUAGGUGGAAACGUCCCAAAAACCAGAGUCUCUUCUUUUCUGGUGGUACAAUGGAUAUAGGUAGAAGGAUCAGGGAGCAGUGCCUGUGAAGGAAUCCCGUCUUUUAGAGCGAUAUGGAGUAGGGAAGGAAAAAGACACGGAUAUGGUGUAGUAUAUUGAGAUCUUAAGUGAUGGUAAAUGAAGAGAAAGGAAUUGCACUUACAAUUUCCUGGAGCCUAUACUCCGCUCCAGAUAUGUGCACCUGGACGGUACAGUCCCCGCCUAUGGAUAUGUAGAUGGUCAUUAGAUAUCCUCAUAAAGGGGGUCUCCAGUGGUGGUAGGGUUUAUCUCCUUUCCAAUGGCAGUAGGCCAGUAUUCAAAUAGUUGGUGAUGUAUAAAAACACAAAAUAGUGCUCCCUGUUUAAUAUAAAAUGAUUUUUUUUAAAAAUGGAGGUAUACUCACAAGUGAAGAGCAAAUAGGUUAUUGCUCAAUAUAUGUAGGCGUAGGUGGUAUGAUCCCACCAAGGAUAUCACUCCUCGAGUCCUCCAGUGGGGGUGUUGGAGAGAGUAAAAGGAAUUAUAUUAUAAAAGAAAAUUAGAAUAAAAAGGAUAGGCUUGGAGGCUCCAAUAGCAUACAUGAGCUAUCUUUAUUGGAGAUAAAAAAAAUAGUAACAUUAAACAGCUUUAAAAAACACUAACGCGUUUCUCCUACAAAGAGGCUUUAUCAAAGUGUUCACUUGGUGGGGAUCAUACCACCUACGCCUACAUAUAUUGAGCAAUAUCCUAUUUGCUCUUCACUUGUGAGUAUACCUCCAUUUAAAAAAAAAUCAUUUUAUUUUGUAUUAUACAGAGAUCACUAUUUUGUGUUUUUAUAUAUAACCAACUAUUUGAAUACCGGCCUACUGCCAUUGGAAAGGAGAUAUACCCUACCACAACUGGAGAGCCCCUUUUUGAGGACAUCCAUAGGCGGGGAUUGUACCGUCCAGGCGCACAUAUUUGGAGCUGAGUAUAGGCUCCAGAAUAUUGUAAGUGCAAUUCCUUUCCCUUUAUUUACCAUAACUUAAGAUCUCAAUUUACUACACUAUAUCCGUGUCUUUUUCCUUCCCUCCUCCAUAUCGCUCUGAGCAUGGGAAUUCCUUCACAGGCGCUGCUCCCUGAUCCUACUACCUACAUCCAUGGGUAAUUGUGUGCUUGGGGCUAAUGGCCCUUCCAGCAGUAUUCAGAGUAUGGGUAAUUGUGUGCGUGGGGCUAAUGGCCAUUCCAGCAGUACUCAGAGUAUGGGUAACUGUGUGCUUGGGGCUAGUUGCAGCCCCAGCACACGUGAUCUUGGCAGCCCACAACUCUCUUCUGGGCUGUCUAACGUCCAUUCUGUGCACAUUUAACUUCUGUCUUCAGCGCUCCUGCCUCAUUCCAUUGUAGAAAGUAUAUUUUAAAAAACAAAUACUCCACCACCUUCCCUCUUUUUGCCAGCCAGCAGCACUCAUGCGCUCUGAGACUGCAAUUAGUCCAUUCACAGACUAAAUGAGAAUUCUGUGAUUGGAACGUGCAGUCCCUGUGAUGAGGUGCAGAAGUCAAUAAAUGGUGCCAAACAUGAGAUGGUCAAUUUGUCUCCCCCACUGUGUUUACUUUAGAAGUUAUCUCCUGCACUGCUAAUGCUGCUUUUUCAUGGAUUUAUGGACUCUCAAGUACAAACAACGUAUUUUUAGUUGUUUGUCUGUCUACCUUUGAAAAUGGGUCUUCAUUUUUGGCUCCUGAUCAUUUUUCUAUCCCGUGCCAUCUUCAGUAACGUGUGGUCACUACCUUCUUCUGCCUCCUUUACAAUGUGUGUUUCAUUGGUAGUUUGUCAGAGAAAGUGUUCUAUACAAACUGGAGUGCAGAAACAAAUGCAUUCAUAGUAGUAUAGAAUCAUAGUUGAGCCUUAAAGGGAAACUAGAGUUCCAGGAAAACAAAGUUUUCCUAUGGGGUUUUGGGUGACCCUUGAUGUCCUCAUGCAUAGCUUGAGGACGUCCAGUGUCAGGUGACCAAAAGUCCCUCUGGAAGUGGAGUUAACACUUUGCAGGGUUCAGGGGCCUGGGAAUAUGCACCCAGACCACUUCAGUUUACACGGGUCAUCGGUCAGGCAAUAUGAAUAGUGCCAAGAUUCCAGAACAGCUAGAAUAUAUGCAAGCAAUGAACAAGAAACUUAUACUGCAAGAUGAGAUAUGCAAAACAGAUCAAAUGCUCCUUAUGGUAUGUGUGUGUGUGUAUAUAUAUGUGUGUGUGUGUAUGUAUGUAUGUAUGUAUGUAUGUAUAUAUAUAUCUAUAAACUCAUUGAGUGAAAACACCAUAUAAAUCUAUCUCACUAGGACUCAUGAAAGUAAAAUGUUCAGCAACAAAGUGCCUAUGGAUCCUGUAAGCCAUGUGUAAGUAAGGAGAAUUUUUUUCAACGCCGCGCAGGGGUCCUUGCAUCUGGUUCUGCCCCCAAUCCGCCUCCUUGAUGACCUCAUCAGAAUUUAAUAUCUCAGCCAAUCACAAUGCUUUCUCGUAGAAAGCAUUGGAUUGGCUUAGAUUGUCAAUUCUGAUAUGAGCCAUGGAGGUGCGGAACCAAACAUUGUCCUGGAUAAUCCGCAUCUCCUCAUAGAUGCAUUGAUUCAAUGCAUCUCUAUGGGGAAUGUUCAGCAUCUUGAUGCAGAGCAUGGAGGUGCUAAAUGUCAGUGGUUCACACUGUGCAGCACUGCCCCAGGAAGCACCUCUAGUGGUCGUGUUACUAGGCUUUAAUGUAAACACUGCAUUUUCUCUGAAAGAUAGUGUUUACAUUAAAAAGCCUGCAGGGACUGACUAUACUCACCAGAGCAAAUACAUUAAGCUGUUGUUUGUUCUGGUGACCAUAGUGUCCCUUGAAGUUGUUUUGGUGCUGAGUGCCAGUUUAACCCCUUAAGGACACACGACAUGUGUGACACGUCAUGAUUCCCUUUUAUUCCAGAAGUUUGGUCCUUAAGGGGUUAAGGAUAAUUGGUCUCUGCUUCGAAUUGACAUUUGAUUGCGUUAAUGAAAAUUCCAACGCAUUCUGUAUGAGAUUUUUUUUUUCCAAAUGUUCAGAUGGCCGUGCUACAUUAAGUACAAUGUGAGACAGCGUGGUGCAGUGAUGCUGGACUGCGAGAGUUGGGGAUCAGCAGUUAAACACCGCUGUAUUGGCUAGCUAGGUAGAAGAUAGGGGGGCCAGUGUGACCUGCUUAAUGAAGGUGAUUGAGGGUGUUUUUUUUAACCGUAUUUCGUUAAAUGAGCUUCUCUGUGUUUGUCUGUUUCACUUCAGGUGUGUUCUGAACCUGUAGGUUACAAUGUAUUUCAGGGGGCAGAAUCUUUUAGUGCCUUUCCUUCCUGCUCCUUUAAGUUUCAGCCAAUGGCAGGCCUGUAACUAUGGCUGUCAGCAGUGGGGGCAGGCACGACACAUAGAGCUGUCUGCAUCGUUCAUCUCCACCACCAAAAUUGCACAGCUCCUUAAUCCAGGAGGGGAGGGGUUAAAUGAGCAGUGUUGGGAUUCUACCGGGCAGAUAAAGGGUUAAGAGCGAUGCUCUUCUGAUUUGCUAUAUGGUGGGGUUAUCGGCUCAGUAGUUUUCUGGAGAGGAAGAUGUUAAUUUAAAUAUCUUUUCACAUCCUGGCAAAUGGAUAUGGUUAGAUAGUUUGUGCUUUGCGAAUAGUUAAUAGACUUCUUUUAAAAUCUAGUACCCUGCUCCAUCUUUAUCACUUGUCUAUCCCUGCCUUCAAUGUGUUCCCCCUUUCACCCAUGUACACUAAUCUUUCUGAUUCCUUUAUUGCACGUACUAUCUUUCUGUGUGCUCUGUUGUCCUUCCUCUCCUCCCAAACCUCCCCCUACCCUCCUAUAUUCCCAGCCAUUGCUUGUAUUGCUCCUCAACGCUUCCCCCAUCUUAUGCAGUUAGCCUCUGUCCUUCCUGGGCCCUUUCCUGUCUAUGCUCUGUGUUCCAUCUUAUUCUUGUGGCCCUGCCACUUGUGGUCUCUUUUGCCUUUCUCUGACUCUUUCCCACACCACCCACAUGUGGCUUCUGUCCUCUCCCCAUUGAUUUUAUGUUCCCUUUUUCCCUCUGUGUCCCAUUUAUCUCAUUAUCUUAUUCUUUUUGACUUUUGUCUCCUCUCACCGUUUGCCUCAGCCCUCUGUCUCCCUCCCUGUGGCCUCCCCCACGGUGCCUCUGGUCUCUGUCCAGCUCUCCCUUCUUUUCCCCUGUGUCUUUUUACUUUCAUUCCUCUUGGGGGUUUUCGUGAAGGAGUUUUGUCAUCUUUCCACAUAUAACCUUAUGCAGACAUAUCAUGAAUGAAUGAAUGAAUGACAAAGCAAAAAUAUAGAAACCAAUAUCCGAUCUUAUUUGUGGUUAUUUUAUAGAUCCAGAGUACAGCUGCAAAGUUGCCGGGUUCUGACUAGUGUGGGCAAAUGUCCAGGCUCCAAGGUGGAGUCCUUUUACUUUGGUUAAUUUUUAAUAUAAAACCUAAAAAUUCAAACAAAUGUAGCAGUGCUCUGGUGGUGCGGGACAGUUAGGACGCUUACACGUUUUGUACACACUUCCUUAAAGACUUCUUCCUACAGUCUGUAAAGGCGCACUAACUAGCAAAACCAAUAAAUACAUCAUUAAAAAACCGACCUGAAUCUAAGAAUCCCCAGGAAGAACCACGUAUGUGAACGAUAGAAAUGCUAAGCAAUGAACAGAUUCGAGUGACACUCCAAAAUUCAACUGGACUGAUCAUGCAAAACGGUUGCAGGCUUAAAAAAAAAAAGCGGGGGGGGGGGAUAAACCCAGUAACAUUUUUACAUAUACAGCAGGAUUAAUUCGAGUAAACAAUCUAUAAAAUGUAACGGGGAAAAAACAAAGUUGCAAAUAAUCCAGAGAAUGACACAUUUUAAACAACCACACAUAAUAGACGGUUGGGACCUUUUUUGUACGCUGAGGCAUCACCGAUCCAGGUCAGCGUAUUCUUCAUUUGUUAGUCUUGCUUGUUUGGGUGUGUUUCACUUAAUUGGCGUGACUUUAUAGACUGUGUGCAACUGUAGGGAGACGUAUUUGAGAACCUGAAUCGCGUUGAGCGUUUUACCAAUGGUGUCCUGUGCUCUGCUCACUAUCUGUAAAUUUUUAUGUUUUAUAUUUCAUUAACCAAAAUAAAGAAACUGCUUUUUAUUCCACGUCUGAGCCUGGAUAUUCAUCCUUGUUAGGCAGGACCCGGUACUCUGCAUCUAGUGGUUGGGAACCCACUAGCUGGACUCCUAUGGUAAGAAUGUACUUUAUUUGCUAUUGUGGUGGUGGUCUCUGAAACUGAUUUUAUCCUUGUUUUAUAGGUCCAUAUUGAUACAUUUUAACUGGACACACUUUGUUUAGGAACGCUAUAUUAACCCCUUAAAACAUGGUUUAUUUCUCACAUUGAGGUGGGCUGUUCAAAGCUAAUGGAUAAGUCAGAUAUUGUAGACUAAAUUACAUCUUCAACUAGUGUCAUUCUAAAACCUCGAAAUGAUAUCAUCCUGCAUAAGUCUUGAUAAUUAUCACAGGCAAAUCUGUUGUUGGCCAUUGCAGGCAAAAAGGGAUUCAUUUUGACAAAUUCAUAGAUGAAGCAGCUUCCUUUUUUUUGUGUUUCAUUGUUACUACAGUGUUUCAGUUUGUUUCCCUUGUUUUCCAUGCAUUGCAGGCUCAGUGGGUCCCCCCUCACUGAGAAGUGGUGGCGGUGUCCCACGGAGCCCUCCCUCUGGCCUUCGUCAUGCCGUCCAAUGCACGGGCUGGCAGCUUGAAGGACCCAGAGGUGGCCGAGCUCUUCUUUAAAGAUGAUCCCGAAAAGCUAUUUGCAGACCUCCGAGAGAUUGGGCAUGGAAGCUUUGGGGCAGUAUAUUUUGUGAGUACCCUCGGGGAACUUUGUGCAUUAUAUUUUUGUCUUGCUUUGUUCAUUUAUGUCACCGUUUUAAAUCACACACCUGUCUCGUGUUCUGUGUGUCUCCAUUCAUCUCUACUCUAUAUAUGGCCCCUGGCCUCUUACGUUUUAACCUGUAUUGUCUUGUCUUGUCCUCCGCAGGCCAGGGAUAUCCGGAAUAAUGAAGUUGUUGCUAUUAAGAAAAUGUCAUAUAGUGGGAAGCAGUCGAACGAGGUAGGUGUCUAAUUAAAAUGGCAACCCAGCUAAAGUUAUUAGUAUUAAGAAAAAAAUCGGAAAUUUUAAAAAGAAUUCUGUUACAUUUAUAGAAAAUAUUUUUCUGGGGCAAAGUUCUAAAAGUGUCACAAAUGGCAGGACGAUUUCAUUGGUUUCCGUGGUAACUACUCCAUGUUUCAAACUUUGCACCAAAGCCCCUCUGUUUCUAAAUAACCCCUUCUUCCCUUUUGUUGCUGCCACUGACAGCCAGGGCACAUUCUUCUGUUUUUAUUUAAAGGGUGUCCUCAUUGAGGUUUGUUGGCUGGAGGCAGAUCUUGGCUGAGUAAGCAUUGUUCUUCUCUUGGUCCAUUUUUAAAAACUGUAAAAACAAAAAAGUUAGCCCCACAGCACGCACCUAGUCUCCAAUAGGGUGCAUUAAAAACACCCUGGAAAAAGUACUUAAAGUACUUGUACAUCUCCCAGAAUCCCUUGCUAACCAUGGUUUCUGGGUUAGUACAGCUCUCUCGUGGGCUUUCUUUUAGCUCUUGCAUGCGAGAACUGUACUGCUGGCUGAUUGUCAUUCAUUAAUAAAUGAGAAGUAUUCACACAAGUGAAUUGAAGCCUCUGUUUGAAGAGUGCUUCUCUGUAAUAUUUUUUUCUUGAUGAAUUGGUAGCUUCUGGCUGAGCCGUUUGUAUUUCUGCACUAUCGAUGUGUAUCCUUUCUUUAUUACCUUCUCUAGGCAAUCAAUUGGUUAAAAUGGAGUGCUGAAAUAUUGAUUGUAGUUUUUGUCUGUGGAACAUGGUGUGUUUUCUGAACACGCUUUCUGCUUCUCUUCAACCUACAGAAAUGGCAGGAUAUCAUAAAAGAGGUGAAAUUUCUACAGAAACUCAGACACCCGAACACUAUAGAAUAUAAAGGAUGUUACCUGAGGGAGCACACUGCCUGGGUGAGUACUUUAUGGCCCUUGAUCUGAGCUCCCUGUCUGUGUCAAUUGGAAACACCAGACCCCUACAUGUAUGUCUGUUACCUACCUGGAUUUAGUUCCAUGUUAUUCCUAUUGUACACAUAGUCCUUUUUAGUUAGCCUUUAAAGCAACUACUGGAAGGCUAUUCCAGGUAUCUAGUACCCAUUUAUAUCUCUGCCAACCUUUACUGCUCCCACUGGAAGGCUAUUCCAUGUACAGUUUCAAGAAAAUGUAUGUGAACCCUUUGGAAUGAUAUGGAUUUCUGCACAAAUUGGUCAUAAAAUGUGAUCUGAUCAUCUAAGUCACAACAAUAGACCAUCACAGUCUGCUUAAACUAAUAACACACAAAGAAUGAAAUGUUGCCAUGUUUUUUAUUGAACACACCAUGUAAACAUUCACAGUGCAGGUGGAAAAAGUAUGUGAACCCUUGGAUUUAAUAACCAGUUGAACCUCCUUUGGCAGCAAUAACUUCAACCAAACGUUUCCUGUAGUUGCAGAUCAGACGUGCGCAACGGUCAGAAGUAAUUCUUGACCAUUCCUCUUUACAGAACUGUUUCAGUUCAGCAAUAUUCUUGGGAUGUCUGGUGUGAAUCGCUUUCUUGAGGUCAUGCCACAGCAUCUCAAUCGGAUUGAGGUCAGGACACUGACUGGGCCACUUCAGAAGGCGUAUUUUAUUCUGUUUAAGCCAUUCUGUUGAUUUACUUCUAUGCUUUGGGUCAUUGUCCUGUUGCAACACCCAUCUUCUGUUGAGCUUUAGCUGGUAGACAGAUUGCCUUAAGUUCUCCUGCAAAAUGUCUUGAUAAACUUGGGAAUUAAUUUUUCCUUCGAUGAUAGCAAUCCGUUCAGGCCCUGACGCAGCAAAGCAGCCCCAAACCAUGAUGCCCCCACCACCAUACUUCACAGUUGGGAUGAGGUUUUGAUGUUGGUGUGCUGUGCCUCUUUUUCGCCACACAUAGUGUUGUGUGUUUCUUCCAAACAACUCAACUUUGGUUUCAUCUGUCCACAGAAUAUUUUGCCAGUACUGCUGUGGAACAUCCAGGUGCUCUUGUGCAAACUGUAAACGUGCAGCAAUGUUUUGUUUGGACAGCAGUGGCUUCCUCUGUGGUAUCCUCCCAUGAAAUCCAUUCUUGUUUAGUGUUUUACGUAUUGUAGAUUCGCAAACAGGGAUGUUAGCAUUUGCCAGUGACUUUUGUAAGUCUUUAGCUGACACUCUGUGCUGUGUUCUUGCAAUCAUCUUUACAGGACGGCCACUCCUAGGGAGAGUAGCAGCAGUGCUGAACUUUCUCCAUUUUAUAGACAAUUUGUCUUACCGUGGACUGAUGAACAGCAAGGCUUCUGGAGAUACUUUUAUAACCCUUUCCAGCUUUAUGCAAGUCAACAAUUCUUAAUCGUAGGUCUUCUGAGAGCUCUUUUGUGCGAGGCAUCAUUCACAUCAGGCAAUGCUUCUUGUGAAAAGCAAACCCAGAACUGGUGUGUGUUUUUUUUUUUUUUUUUAUAGGACAGGGCAGCUGUAACCAACACCUCCAAUCUAAUCUCAUUGAUUGGACUCCAGUUGGCUGACAUCUCACUCCAAUUAGCUCUUAGAGAUGUCAUUAGUCUAGGGGUUCGCAUACUUUUUCCACCUGCACUGUGAAUGUUUACAUGGUGUGUUCAAUAAAAACAUGGCAACAUUUCAUUCUUUGUGUGUUAUUAGUUUAAGCAGACUGUGAUUGUAUAUUGUUGUGACUUAAAAUGUGAUCUGAUCAUCAUCUAUAACCAAUUUGUGCAGACAUCCAUAUCAUUCCAAAGGGUGCACAUACUUUUUCUUGCAACUGUAUAUACUACCCUUUAAAUAUCACUGGAAGCCUUUUAUUGGUAUGCAAUGGUUGGACAAACCAAGUUCCCUCUAUCACCAAUACAAUGUACUGAUUGUUGGCUGGAAGAGCAAUACAUGUAAAUGAUCUAAUAAACCACCCAGAAAUCUCGUAUCAGCCUUUGUAAAGUCUAUGAAGGCUGAAUGUCGUGUGAUCUCCCUAUACAGUGUCUGCGUUUUGCUACAUUUAAAGUGGAUCUCUGAUCUGCAAACUGUGUGCCUGCCAUGGUACUCUUCCUGAAGGUUAAUAAUUGUACAUUUACCUGAACUUGGUCUUCAGUGAGUGCUCCAAUACAAUACCUUGCUUAGUAUUUACUCUGCAAUACCUUGUUCCCAAUUGUAUAGGUCACAGGCAGCUACCUGCACCUAUCUCUGUACCCUAGAGGUAUAAACGAGAAUCCGCAAUGAUAUCCAUAUAGCUAGGAUAAUGUGUAGCUAAUGUCGGGUUAUGUAUGUGGUGUAUAUGUGGCGCCUGGCAAGGUGUACGUGUUAUACAUGUGGUAUAUGGUGAGGUAUACAUGCAGUCUGUGUGUGCUUUGCAUACAGGGGCUGAUGGUUGGUUUGUGCCAGCGCAGAGCAAUGAGUGCUUUGUGUGGGAGGUUGGAGCAGUGCAUUUCAGUAAAAGCAAUCACAAUAACCCCCUGCAGGCUGCCCGCGUCACUGCCUAACACCCCCUCAUCCUCAGCCAUGGCUGUCAUCUACUUCUCUCCAUGAAAGGCCAAGAACCCCUGCUGGCACCUUGGUGUCAUCUGACCCUCCAAGCUAAUCAGUCUCCCCUCUUCUCUCCUUUCUGACUCUCAGCUGGUGAUGGAGUACUGCCUGGGAUCUGCUUCUGACCUCCUGGAGGGUGAGUGUCACAUACCACGCUUUCCACUACUUCCCAUUGUGCUUUAUUUCAAAUUAAUCCCAACGCUCCUUUUCAGUCAAUGCUUUGUUUGUCCUUUUGAUUCCUAGAAGGUUAAUUAAUGAGAUGGUGUAAUGCAGCUUGCUAUACUUCUGUCUUGCUUUCUGCAAAUGGUUAAAAACAACCUGCUUCUCUUGUAUCUUCCGAACAGUGCACAAGAAACCCCUGCAGGAGGUGGAGAUUGCUGCUAUAACCCAUGGUGCACUGCAAGGCUUGGCCUAUCUCCAUGCACACAAUAUGAUCCACCGGUAAGAGGCAGGAAAUUAGUCCCUUUUCUCCUCUUCAUCAAACUGAUCCCAUUUAUGUUCACAACCUUCUGGCUUAAUUAUUGGGAUCUUCUAAAUUGCCCUUUCGGCACUAUUUCAUGUCCAACCUUUCUUUGUGUCUUAUUCCGCAUUAUUUCUCAAUUUUUUUUUUGUGAUUUUUAUCAAUGUCCAUAUCGAUGACUUCCUGAUCUUGUCUCUGGUCUCCUCAACAGAGAUGUCAAAGCUGGGAAUAUCCUCCUCACGGAGCCAGGCUUGGUGAAGCUGGGAGACUUUGGCUCGGCCUCCAUUGUCGCUCCAGCAAACUCAUUUGUUGGAACUCCUUACUGGUGAGAAGUUUCUUGAGUCCCUAGAAUGUUCCUACUUAUUCUUGUUACAAUAUAAUGGGGUGAAAUUCUAUUUGCUGGGGAUAAAUAUUUACUUGCUGAAAAUUAUGCUGUGUGUGUAUGUAUAUAUGUAUUGCAUGUUUGCACUGUGUGUGAGAAUUUUCUCUGUGUAUGUCUUGUUAAUCCAGGAUGGCUCCAGAGGUAAUCCUUGCCAUGGACGAAGGACAGUAUGAUGGGAAAGUGGAUGUGUGGUCUCUUGGGAUCACAAGUAUCGAGCUGGGUGAGUGCAAAAUCUGGGUAUUUAAAUUAGUUUGGUUGUAUUCACAAUUUUCCCUUUUCUAACUGGCAGCAUGAGGGCUAUGCUGCGGUGUGCCGCUCGCCCUGUGGUCUGCAUAUCCUCUAUCCAAAAUUGCAGGCUUCUUGAUGUGGUGUUCUGCUAAGGACAGUAAACCGUCUAAAGAGAGAACUUUUGUAAAUGCACGCAUAGUCCCUGUCUCUGCAAUCUGGGAAUGUACGUUACCUUUUCAGAGAACCCGCAAUUUUUAUAUCCAGCCAAAAACACACUAAAAACUAAAAACUUCCGAACUGCAAGUCACAAAAGGUGCUUUUAUGUUUUUGAUUUUAUUUUAAAGGUAGCUUCGCAAAAGGUAAGGAGCACAUUAAAAAGAAAAAUGAGUAUAUUUCCUUUAGUUGUUUUAACACUUUGAUAACUUUCAGCGUGAUCAGUCGGUUGACUUUCGCACUGUUUUAACUCUAUACAGAAGAAUCCAUCAACGUACUGUUAAAGGGUAAUAUUUCUAUCUUUUCCCCAUGCAGCGGAGAGGAAACCACCUCUCUUUAACAUGAAUGCAAUGAGUGCCUUAUAUCACAUUGCUCAGAAUGAGUCUCCCGUCCUGCAGUCCAAUCACUGGUGAGUACUGUGCAGGAAAACGCCAUUACUGUGUUUAACUACCGCUUGCCAAGAACUUAUUGUGUUGAUUGUUAUUAUACCUCUCUUUUUUUUAAUCAUUAUGGAAGGUGUGCAUUGAAAAAUAUGAAGAAAAUAAACUUUAAAAGAGAUGUCAGUAAGAGAUGUUUCUUGAAUUUGGCAUCUUGGGUUCCUGGAGUUUCCCUUUAAUAGAUACAUAGCAGCUAAGGACGGUAACUGUAUUAACAAUGAGAUGAAGACAGAAUGGCAAAUGUGAGGUCAAGGUAGCCAAGUGGAGCUGUAAAUGAAGAUGAUUUCUCCUGUUCAUAUACUUUGGUCUGGUUUUGCAUUUUGGGUUUUCAUUUCAACGCAGCUCAUUGUUGAGUGAAUAAACAUAUAAAUGUUUAUUUGUGGAGUUACCUGAAUUCAGUUUUCUGUGUUUUAAAGAACACAGUUCUAAUUAAUAAAUUAAAGGGAGAUUGCCAGGUCUGUAGUUUCACUGACCUUUAUAAAGCUUGAUCAACUGCUACUCAUCUUUUCUUUUCUAAUUUUACCUGGUAGUGUAGAAGUGGGGUUUUUUGUUUUUGGUUUUUUGCACCAUUAGUAAAUGAGAGACAGAUUUCCUGUGUACAAAAUGAGGAGACCGAGACAUGACAAACACUGAGUGAUGUCCUCUGCUUUUUACUCAGGUCUGAAUAUUUCCGAAACUUUGUGGAUUCCUGUCUACAAAAGAUCCCCCAAGAUAGACCCAGCUCUGACAUUUUGCUGAAGGUGUGUUUAGACGGAAUUCCGGAGCUCUGUGCCAUGGACUCUCACUGCAUCAUAUUGGGUUGCUUAGGUUUGGGCUAAAGGCCAUCAGAAACCACGGUAUAGCGUUCUGCAGGCAGGUGCUGUUCAACCAAUGUAGGACUGGUAUGUCCCAAGCCACCUCAAAUACAGUGGUUUCAGUGCUAUUAUUCGUUGAAAACAUACCUUUUAAAUUUUGUGAGUUAUGUUUCCACAUUAAAGGACUGCUGUGCGAGGAGGUCCCAUACACCGGCUAACCAAAAGGGGUUAAAUUGUUAAUGAAUGGUUUUUGCCCAAAGUCGUCAAGCUGUCACCUGAUCGCUCUGUCCUGUACUUCCUCUCAAUGUCAGAGGCUUUAAUCAGGAAUAGAAAGUACAGGGGAGAGUGGCGGGUUAAAAUGGUCAUUAACAGUUAACACUUUCUGGUAAGCUGGCGUCCAUGACCACCUCGCACAAUAACAACCUAAUUGCAAGGAAGUUAUGGUGGCCGGAAUUGAAUAAUUAAAGUUAGUAACAGGCAGAAGCAUGCAAAUAUCUCUAGUGAGGCUGCAAAUAAAUGGGAUCUUUUAUAAGCUGUUCAUGAAGGUAAAAAAAGAAACAAAUAGCCGAGCCUGGGUAGUGUUUGUUUCAUUGAUGUGUCUUUUGGAAACUGUUGCUGUAGCCUUGGUUUUUGAAGCUUUGUUUGUUUGCUUUUUUCCCCAUCCCUUCAGCACCGAUUCCUGCAGAGGGAGCGUCCUCAAACCGUGAUAAUGGAGCUUAUCCAGCGCACAAAGGAUGCAGUGAGGGAGCUGGAUAACCUGCAAUACCGCAAGAUGAAGAAAAUCCUCUUCCAAGACACCCAGAAUGGACCCAACACUGAGACUACAGAAGAGGAGGAGGUAGCGAGUAGAGUCAUGGUGGAAGGCCUGGGUCUGGGAUGGCGAGCAGCUUGGGAAUGGUCAAGCUUUGAAAGAGAUGGCUCUGUAUGCUAGUUUAAUUCUUUGGGUUGCAAUUAAGGGUCAUAGACUGUAAUUUUCUUGUUAGUAUUUAUGUAUUUUUGCAAGAUGUAAUGCCAUAAUACAGUCGGCUAUCCCAGGUAGAGCUUUCUUCUGCAGCGAAGGUUGGUGAGGUAUCUGGGGAAUUGGUUGUGGUGCAGAGAGGUGGUUUUUGGGGACGUUGUGAGAGGUGGUGAGGUGAUUUGUUGGGAUUAAUGGGUAGCUUAACUGCAGGUUGUAUUACCAUUUACCAUAUUGAGUAGAAAAUUGAGCUGAUUCUGUGAUUCUCAGGAGUCUGAGCAGUUCCUUCACUGCACGGGCACUAUAACCAGCAUGGAGAGCAGCCAGUCUGUGCCCAGCAUGUCCAUCAGUGCCAGCAGUCAAAGCAGCUCUGUCAACAGUCUGGCGGAUGCCUCUGAUGACAGCGGAGAAAUGGCUAUGAUGCAGGAGGGGGAGCACACCGUGACCUCAAACAGCUCUGUAAUACACCGCCUGCCAGUAGGUUUAUUUGGUGUCUUUGCAGUAUGUUUAAACACAGAGCUGAAUAGUGCCUGGCUGCUAAAAUCAUUUAUCUUUCUAGGCACAUGAAAAUAUAUAUGACGAUCCUUACCAGCCAGAAAUGGAGGCCCAGCAAUCCUCCUCUGCAGCUCGUAGACGUGCUUACUGCCGCAAUCGGGACCACUUUGCCACUAUCCGUACGGCCUCCCUGGUAAGCAGUUGCACACUUCACCAUCAAAGUUUAAAUCUCUUCCAGUUGAUUUGUGUUCAACUGCUUGCUUUUACUUUCCCUUUUCCCUGUAACUGUAAGAUCUAUUUGUUUUGGUUCAUGGAAUAAGUUCCUGUGUCUCUGCUAUCAGGUUUUUAUUUGCCAAUUCUGGAUUUUGCACUCCUUGUUAUACACCCGCUUUCAAACUAUGCUCAUGCCUUUCCUUUGUGGUACCGCUUAUGCUUUACUUCAUCACUGCUUGCUUUACUUCAGGUGACCCGUCAGAUUCAGGAACACGAACAGGACUCUGCUCUCCGGGAACAGAUGUCAGGAUAUAAACGCAUGCGACGGCAGCACCAGAAGCAGCUGAUGGCUCUAGAGAACAAAUUGAAAUCCGAACUUGAUGAGCACCAACAGCGUCUGGACAAAGAGCUAGAGGCCCAUAGGAGCAACUUCUCUGCUGAGACAGAUAAGCUCUCCAAGAAACACCAGGCCAUCUUUGAGAAAGAGGUACAGCGUUUCUGUAGGCAGAGGAGUAGGAUGUGUUAAAUGGUGCCGUAUGUAUGAGGGACUGAAGAGAUGGAUAUUACUUUUUAGUAUAAGAGUUAUGUCCAAUGCGUUACUUGAAGGUACACCAUUACUGGGAUAUACUAUUAGUAUAAUAUUCAUAUAGAUUUAAAAGGGUGGGAUAAAGGUAGAUGAAUAAAACAAUGUUCUGUAUAUGAUGCCUGUGGUGCAUACAGAUAGUUCACUGAACCCUCACACCAUAUCACGCUUAUUACAUUCGUCUUCACAAUUCUGUGUGGAGAGAUAUAUAUAUAUAUAUAUAUAUAUAUAUAUAUAUAUAUAUAUAUAUAUAUAUAUAUAUAUAUAUAUAUAUAUAUAUAUAUAUAUAUAUAUAGUAUAGUUGAAAAAGGAUGCACUCAGAGGUAUUUUUAGAAGAAAUAUCUCUAUCUAUCUAUCUAUUGUUCUAUCUAUCUAUCUAUCUAUGAUUUAGUGAUGUGAUAUUGCAGUUAUCCUGGCUGACCUGUUCUUACCUCCCACAGGCUAAAGCAGCAAUGACCGAGGAAAAGAAGUUCCAGCAACAUAUUUUGGGGCAACAGAAAAAGGAGCUGACUAACCUCCUGGAAAGCCAAAAGCGUCAGUACAAAAUCCGCAAGGAGCAGCUUAAAGAGGUGAGCUGCAUAGCUGGAGCUGUACCUUGCGUCUGUGAAUUAGUGGAGGCCAUGUGCUUGUUAAAAUACUAUCCCCUGUCAGGCCAGCACCGAACAGUGUUGAGCUAGGAGGUCCUUCCUUGCUCUCGAUAACUGUGCAGGGUAAGUUCCCUUGCUUACAUUGUUCUUUAUUAUCUUAUCUUAGGAACUGCAGGAGAACCAGAGCACACCGAAACGUGAAAAGCAGGAGUGGCUGCUCCGCCAAAAGGAAAGCAUGCAACACUACCAGGCCGAGGAAGAGGCCAAUCUGCUCCGCCGGCAGCGCCAAUACUUCGAGCUGCAGUGUCGGCAGUACAAGAGGAAGAUGCUGCUGGCACGGCACAACCUUGACCAAGACCUCUUGCGAGAGGUGAGGGCUAUGUGACUACCAAGGAGAUCUUAUGUGUUUGCGUUUUACUGGAAGAAAAUCUCUAUUUAUGUUUCUCCCCCUUUCUUGUCCUGCAGGAGCUGAACAAGAAACAGACACAACGUGAUUUAGAAUGUGCUAUGCUCCUGCGGCAGCAUGAAUGCACUCAAGAAUUAGAAUUCCGCCACUUGCAGCUUUUGCAGCACACACGCAGCGAGUUAAUUCGCCUCCAGCACCAGACGGAACUGGGCAACCAGUUGGAGUAUAACAAGCGUCGCGAGCAGGAGCUGCGGCAGAAGCACGCCGCAGAGGUUCGACAGCAACCUAAAAGCCUGAAAGUAAGGCCCGGGGAGGAUGAGGAGGGGGGAGAGGGAGAUCGCUUCAGCCUCUGCAGCUCUGAGGAUGAAGAGCCAGUGGAUUUGGGGAUAACCCCAGAACGUACUGAGGCUGAUGGCUGCCCAGAUUCAGAUGUGCCUUACUUUGAGUUGACUUCAGAGUGGGUAUCAGAACCAGCUGCCCCUCCCCGUCUGCCACCAUCAGCAGUCUCCUCUUCCCUGCCUAGCCAUGCCAUUUGUGCUGUGCUCACUCUACUGGCAGCCACACGCCCUUUCUGCCCCUGGUCUUUGUUACCCCUUCUGAUGGCCCUACUCACACUUUGGAGGCCUGGGCCCCUUUUGGACUCUGCUUUAAUUGCCCUGGAGACUCUGGGGGCCAGUCUACUGUGUGGCUACAUCUUUCUGCGCUGGGUGUUGGCUCUAAGCCCCAUUUCCUUCCUGUUGGUAACGCAGAGCUCAGGCGCACUGGCUGCACUAGCUCUGAGCUACCGUCUACGGUUAUAUUAUGUGCCAGUUCUGGCUAUAGCAGUGGGGGUAUUCACCUCACCAGGAAUCUUCCUCUCCCUGUUUCUGUUGGCUGGCUCUCUGGGUAAACAGACAGGCCAAUGGUUAAAGGACUGGCCAAAGAGAGGGCGCAAACUGUGGCUCAGAGCGCUACUUCGCUUGCCUCGGCCACUUUUUAGAGUCCUGCAGCGCUGUGGGGCUGCUGGCGAAGGAGGUCUGUUUUACCUUUUCCCCAAAACGUACAAGGGUGGGUACCGCAGCCGUAUCCCUGUUCUUGCAAGGAACUCUCAGGCUGGCAGUGGAAAAACCUUGUGGAAUAGCCUAGUGAGGACACCCAAACUACUGACCAAAGCAUUAAAUGAUAGCCUGGCGCAAGGGGUUAGGAGACUGUGUGGCGUUCUGCCUCUUAUGGUUCUCCAGUACUUGGAGAGGUUAAAACUGUUAAGGGUUGAAAAACCAAGCCGAAUCCCGAAGCUGCAGAGUAGAGCGGAGCGUAGAAGAGAAGAAUUGAAGCGGAGGGUGCAGCAUGGCCCACUGAUAGGCAGGUCAAUGAUCAGGCAGAGCACUGUAAGGAGAUCAAACCCACAAAUCCCAUGGAGAUGAGGCACUUUUUCCAGACUUGUCCCCCUUUCUAAAACCAUAAAGUGCCUUAGAAGAUAAAUUGUCAUGUUAGGGCAGCCCUGUAGGCCAUGUCACUGGGAUGACCUAAUGUGAUGCAUUAAUUUUUAAGAAAAUUUGAUGGACCAUACCGCUGGUUGACCGAACAAGAUACAGUUGUGUUAGAGCAGUCUAAUGGACCAUACCACUGGGGUGGCCUAAUGAGUGACAGUUGUCUGGGCAAUCCAGUGGAUCAUACCACUUUACCUGGGUAGAAGCAAUCUGUGGUUUUAACCCAAUUUAUUGAACCAUAACACAGGCGUGGCCUGAAGAGAGACAAUGUUAGGGCAGUUCUAUGGAUCAUACCACUGAGUUGACCUUGAAGGGUUUUUGUUUUGUUUUUUCUGUUUUUCAUAUUUGGUUUGUGCUGGUCUCAAAGGCAGAGAAGCGGUUAAGGCGUCUUUCUUAUUCUAGUAGACAAACGUUUCCGAGGUCUAAAACCACGCUAAGGGCAGGGCAUUACACAGCAUGCAACUUCAUAAACAGCUGCUUUUGUCUCAUGAUAUACUGUAUUAUUCUGUUAACUUGUGUGUCACUGUAAUAUAUCUGUGCUUUCUUUUGGCAGACUGUGUGAUUUCUGAUGAUGUCCGUGGCUGUAUCACUUAUAAUACAGAGCUAUUCUGCUGCUGCCCAUUGUGACUUGGCUCUAUUUACUGUGGUGCUGCCACGUCUAACAUGGCUUUAUUUAAUAGAGUAUCAAGGGGCCAAUCUCUUUGCAAAUUCUGUUUUGAGAAUAGAACUUGUUAGAAUUCCUGUGUCUGCAGUGACACCCUGUGGUUAUUGUGAGUUUUGCAGUUCUUGUUGUUCUCAAGCAGCAGUGUAGGUGAGCUGGUGGAAGCUUGGUCUGUAAUUAAAAUCUAACAGACCUGUUUCACAGCAGUGUAUCUGUGAGCGCUAGACCGACCUUGCAUACACUAAAGUUUUUCAACUGAGAUACUUUAUAACUCUGUCCCUCAGCUUCUAUGAUUGUGUUUUUGUUGUUUUUUUGUUUUUGUUUUUUUUUUUUGGCUGACAAGGGGGUGAUGGGAGUGGGGUCUCAGAAAAUCACAAUGAAAUAAGUCCAUAUUUUCCUCUCUUACAUUUCCUGUUACCUUAUCAAACAGACCUGACCUCCUACAGGGACUUUAAUUCUGUAUCUAGUGACACCCAGUGGCUAUUCUUUACAUUGCAACUGUUCUAUUGCUUCACAGAUUGGAGGUAUAUUUAUAGAGAGAGAGUUUUAUUGCUAGAUGGGGGAGGCACAUUAACCUCUUCCUAUGCCGGAGACCAGCCUAUCCUAAACCUCUGCACUCAGGACAAAAAACAAAACAAAACACCAUUUUUAUUUUUUGGUAUAUCACCUUUUUUAUUUUUUACCAGAUUUUUGUGCAUAUUUUUAUUUAUUUUCUUCCCUUCCUGCACCUUGUUAAAACGAUUACAUAAAAUUAAUACCUGCUAACAAUUCUGUACUUUAUAUACAUAAAAUAUAUAUAUUUAAUUAACCCUUUUUCUGCCAGAGGGAGAGACACCAAAGGCAGCUAAGGUGUUAAAUCUAUUUAUUUAACAUUUCAUAAAUAUGUAUAUAUAAUUCUGUCCAUAUUUUUUGUUCGUUUUUUUUUUUUUUUUCCCUCAGUGUAAAGAUUUUUUUUUUGUGUCCUUUUUGUGUUUUGUUUUGUUUUUUUGUUGAUUUUGUAAUAAAUGUGUUGCUGGAUUUUCAACUCAUUGAAGUGUCUUUCAUUUCUUUAUAUUUUAUCACCAUCUGUCUGGGAAUGGAGGCUGGGAAAUCACACAAGGCGGUCUCUCAUGAGCAAGGAAAUGGUUAAUGGUGCAGUGUAACACAGCCAGAGCUGACUGGGAAAUUGAGUAUGGCUAAUGGGGAGGGGAGCUUGGUAUCGUUGGGGACCUAUGCUUCCUGCCACAUAACCAGUGCCCUAUUGCAGGUGUUGUGACUGUACCAAGCAUUCUGUUUGCUUGUUAACGGAUAUGUGUGCACACUGGGUCGUGGUCAAAUACUUGGGUACAGUCGUAGGGAAGUCUUGCCCUAAUGCGCGAUUACAGGAGAGUCUUCUACUAGUGUACAGUGGCAGGGGAGUACAGAUAAACAUCAAUACUAGCAAGGAGUUUGCACAUUUAAAGGGUAUACAUAUUCUGGGACACAGAAGUAUGUGCACACCUGAUGUGUACAGAUACAGAGGUGUGUGCACACCUGAUGUGUACAGAUACAGAGGUGUGUAGAGAUACACAGGUGUGUGCACACCUGAUGUGUAGAGAUACACAGGUGUGUGCACACCUGAUGUGUAGAGAUACACAGGUGUGUGCACACCUGAUGUGUAGAGAUACACAGGUGUGUGCACACCUGAUGUGUACUGGUAAAGGUGGGUACAUACAACUUGGGGUCAGUGGCAUGUACAGAUGGGUAUAUACACACACCCUGAGAACAGUGAUACUGUGUACAGAAAUAGAGGUAAGCACUCCCUAAGGCCAGUGUAAUAUGUACAGAUAUUGGAGUAUGUGCAGAUAGACAAUACAUGGUUUGUAUAUGUCCUGGUGUUGUGUAAAGGUAGCGUAUACACAAAUUGUGUAUGUGAGUUGGGUGUAAUGUGUUCAAAUAGUGUGGUAUACAUGUGGGACAUCUAUAAUGUUUACUUUGGGUAUACACACUGGCAAUUGGCUAUGUGUAUGGGUAAAGGGGCUAUGUGUACAUUGGUUGGUGGUAGUGUAUAUGGGUAAAGGGGCUAUGUGUACAUUGGUUGGUAGUGUAUAUGGGUAAAGGGGCUAUGUGUACAUUUGGUUGGUGGUAAUGUGUACGGGUAAAGGGGCUAUGUGUACAUUGGUUAGUAGUGUAUAUGGGUAAAGGGGCUAUGUGUACAUUGGUUGGUGGUAGUGUAUAUGCGUAAAGGGUUAUGUGUACAUUGGUUGUACAUGAACUGGUGGUAAUGUGGACGGGUAAAGCUAUGUGUUGGCUGGUGGUAAUUCGUACAGAUAAAGUUGUACACACACAGGCCAGUGGUAUUGUGGGGCAGGAUAUACAUGUGCACAGUUGGGCUUGUAAUGUGUAAAUGUGGAGGGCUUUAUAUGUACAGAUGGAAUUGGUGUGCACACAGGCUGUUAUUAAAGUGUACAUAUUUGAUUCACUUUCUUUUUUCCUCCCCUCUCAAUCCUUUCUCAUUCACCUGUUUUGCUCUAUGGUUUUGUUUUCUUACCCAACACUUUAUCUGCAUGGUCCUUUUCUUUCAUUUUGUAUCUUCUUUCCUUUACCAACGGUUUUCCUUCCUGCGGUUUCAUGUCACCUCAUCCUCUCUCUUCCCACUUUGAUCCCUUCCGAUUGAUUUUGCCUCCUCUUCCUUUUUCCUCCUACCUUCAGUCCAAGGAGCUGCAGAUAAAGCGCCAGUUUCAGGACACUUGUAAGAUCCAGACGCGACAAUAUAAGGCUCUGCGCAACCACUUACUGGAGACUACACCCAAGAGUGAGCAUAAAAGUAUCCUGAAAAGACUGAAGGAUGAACAGACUCGCAAGCUGGCAAUCCUGGCUGAACAAUAUGACCACAGUAUAAACGAGAUGCUGUCCACACAAGCUGUACGUUACCCCUUUUCCCUGUCACAAUAACUGACAAGUGGCAGCAACGCACCCCUCAAACUUCAGAGUAGGCAAUUCUAUAGUCACAUUUUACACAAAUACUAAGCAGUGCUAUCCGUUUAAUCCCUGCCGCUAAUACGACAUACCCAUAGUAAUCCAUCCCCUGCCGCUAAUACUGCGCACCCAUAGUAAUCCACCCCCUGCCGCCAAUACUAUACACCCAUAGUGAUCCAUCCCCUGCCGCCAAUACUACACACCCAUAGUGAUCCCUCCCCUGCCGCCAAUACUACACACCCAUAGUGAUCCCUCCCCUGCCGCCAGUACUACACACCCAUAGUGAUCCCUCCCCUGCCGCCAAUACUACACACCAUAGUGAUCCACCCCCUGCCGCCAAUACUACGCACCCAUAGUGAUCCACCCCCUGCCGCCAAUACUACACACCCAUAGUGAUCCAUCCCCUGCCGCCAAUACUACGCACCCAUAGUGAUCCACCCCCUGCCGCCAAUACUACGCACCCAUAGUGAUCCCUCCCCUGCCGCCAGUACUACACACCCAUAGUGAUCCCUCCCCUGCCGCCAAUACUACACACCCAUAGUAAUCCCUCCCCUGCCGCCAGUACUACACACCCAUAGUAAUCCCUCCCCUGCCGCCAGUACUACACACCCAUAGUGAUCCCCUGGUCAUUUUGCUGAUGUAAUAUGGGGAUGUCCUAUUAAACAAGUAUUUGUACACAGUGGAAUCCUACUACCUGCUCACUCAGCUUUCUUACUGUGAGUGCAUCAAGCGCCCCUGCCUAGUGUGCGUGGACCGUGUGAGCAGGAUGUGCAUAGUAACGUUGCCCUUGUCGGCUCCAUGGGGAAGCAAGCUUUCCACGUGCAAUGGCACUAAGAAUGGGGCAAUAAAGAUUUCACAGAUGCGGAGUGAGAAGAGAGUGCAGAUAAGAUUAGACUAAUGGUUUAUUGUAAAAUGCAGAUCGCUUGGGAUUUAAAAAAUAAAAUAGCAAUAAUUUUGUUUUGACACUGCAUGUUAUGUGAAAUAUUUAACUAGAAAAGUAUUUUUAUAAAGGGAGCAAACAUUGAAGCAUUGCUGUUUUUUUUGUUUAAUGAUUGUGAGUGGAUUAUUUAACUGUAUUUUUUAGUGUUACUGCCAUUGUGAGUGUUAAUAUUGUGAUAUCUCGCCCUUCUAUUGCAUUUAGUUGCGUCUGGAUGAGACCCAGGAGUCUGAGUACCAAGAGCUGCGGAUCCAGCUGCAGAAAGAGCUGGAGCUUCUAAAUGCUUAUCAGAGUAAGAUCAAAAUUCACACAGAAGCCCAGCAUGAACGGGAGAUCAAGGAGUUGGAGCAGCGCGUGUCAAUCCGCCGGGCGUUACUGGAACAAAGGGUGAGUGUGCCAGAGCUAAUCAGAAACAGGCAAUGUGUUGGCAUUGUGACGUCCAGUCCUACAGUUUGCUCUGAAGCUGGGCAUGGGAUUACUUGAUCCAUAACAAUACUAGUCUCAAUUGUCCCCACAGAUAGAAGAGGAGAUGCUGUCCCUGCAGAGCGAACGCUCCGAACGGAUUCGGAGCCUCCUAGAGCGACAAGCCCGUGAAAUUGAAGCCUUUGACUCUGAGAGCAUGCGACUAGGAUUCAGCAACAUGGCACUGACUGGAAUUCCUGCCGAAGCCUUCAACCAGGGUUACCCUGCUCCUCCGCCCGGAUGGCCUUCCCGACCUGUUCCUCGCAGCGGCUCACAUUGGAGUCAUGGGGUGCAGAACACGGGUGCCCCUCAACUCUGGCGACAGCCUACCUUGCUGGCUCCCCCUUCCUCGUCUUGGAGCUUGCACCCACCGGGCUCAUCAUCCUCUGCCAUGCCCUCCUCCUCUUCUUCAUCAUCUUCUGCCUCCCCAUCUUCCUCUUCAUCGGGCGGUCGUGCAGGUCUUCUGCUGCUUCGCAAUAGCCCACAGCCCCUGCGGAGAGGAGCGUCAGGGGGUCCAGCUGAAGCUGGUUUGAGCCGCAGCACUAGCGUCACCUCCCAACUUUCCAAUGGCUCUCAUCUGUCCUAUUCCUAA